AUGUAUGACUCGUGGAUUGAGUACAGGGACAGCUUCCUGUCUUUGGUUCAUAAUUCUGAUGAACUUAGUGAUAUCCAGAAAUUCCACUACCUAAAAUCGUCAUUGAAGGGAAGCGCGGAGUUAUUCGAUUGUUGUUCGAUGUUCGAUUCCGUGGAAUUCUCAGCCAGUAAUUACGCGGUGGCAUGGGAACUGCUUCUCAACAGAUACAACAAUAGCAGUCUGUUAGUUCAUAAUCAUGUUAAGGCGUUAUUUACAAUAUCAAAACUCACAAAAGAGUCACCACAUUCGCUAAGAACCCUCUCCGAUAAUAUUUUAAGAAAUUUACGCGCUUUAAAAAUAUUAGGUGAGCCAACUGAGUACUGGGAUACGUUAAUUAUUUUUAUUAUUACGUCUAAGUUAGAUGAAACCACAGAACGCGAGUGGGAACAAUAUAAAUGCACAACGCGAAAGCAUAUUUCUGACAAUAAAUCACCACUGAAGGUAGAUGAUCUUCUUAUGUUCAUAAGGGAUAGGGCCGACAUGUUGGAAACAUUGCAAGUAUCACACAAUUCUAACAUUAACUCUAAUAAACAAAGCGCUGUGUCGCAUAAUAUGUCACACAAUGUGACACAUAAAACGUCACAACACAAAAUUCACUGCAAUGUUUCCACCAAUAAGCCACAACAUCAAAUCACUUUCACUAAAAAAUUCUGUCUCAUGUGUAACGCCGAUCAUCCCUUGUAUUCAUGUCAACGGUUUUUAGACACUGACUUAGAUACUAAACUGCAAUUUAUAAGCGAUAAUAAACUCUGUGAGAACUGUCUACGUUUAGGGCAUUCGGUAGAUGUAUGUAGGUUCGGGCCGUGUCGAAAAUGCACUAAAAAACAUAACACGCUAAUUCAUAACGAUGCAACUGACCAUACGCAAGUUAUAUCAAUGCAUUCAGUCAACAUCGCUGUCUCGAACCCGGGCGCUGCGCACGCGUCCCCCGCAACCAUUCCACCGCCCGCGGAUUCCAUCCCCAGGCAAAUGAGUUACUCACAGGUAAACAGUGCACACAUAGGCAAUAGUAAUGAACACAACAAUCAAUCUAUGUGCAUGCAACCGGUUUUACUGUCUACUGCAAUGGUCGAGAUAGUUGAUAAAUAUAAUAAUAUUCAUAUAGCACGCGCGCUUCUCGACUGCGGUAGCCAGUAUUGUUUUAUAUCAAAAGCAUUAUGCGAUUUAAUUUACAUUAAUUUAAUACAGUCCACUUGCGAAAUUCGAGGUGUCGGAAACACAAUUACAAAGUCAACACAGAUAUGCGAAGUUGAGCUAAAAUCACGCAUUAAUAAAUACUCAGCAUGUAUAAAAUGUUUUGUGUUGUCUUGCAUUACUUCGACAUUACCCGCCACUGUUUAUAAUCAAGGCGCGCAGUCUAUAAGGACACCUGAUAAUAUACAGCUGGCGGAUCCAUAUUAUUAUGAGUCCCAAAAUAUUGACAUAUUAAUAGGCGCGGAUUUAUUUUGGGACUUACUAUGCGAAGGUAAAAUGAGGUUAUCAAAUGGACCCUUUUUACAAAAUACGAAGUUAGGUUGGAUAGUUUCGGGUCCUAUCGAUCUUAACAUACGCAACAAUAAAAUACCUAUCCAAUGUAAUUUUAUACAAUCAAUUAACACGCAGUUACAGGAAUUGCCUAAGGUUACCGACAUACAGACUGACAACGAACGGGCGUGCGUGGAGCAUUUCGUUGUUACCACUACGCGCAAUGAUGACGGAAGGUUUCCCGUACCCUUACCGCUCAAACAGUCGUCUGCCUUAGGUCAAUCAUAUUCGCAAGCCAAACAUCAUAUUUUGGCAUUAGAAAAACGUGUAAGGCAUCGUCAUUUAAGAAAAUGUUCAGCACAGUAUUAUUUCAAUCGAACCUCCUUGUUUUCCUGUCCUUUAAAUCCUAUAUUCUUAGAUCCGCACGACCUUACUCCUAUUAGUCCUGGACAUUUCUUGGUGGGCCGUCCGCUUACCGCGCCUGUCAAUCCUGACUUCACGGAGGUACCUGUUCAUCGACUUACGCGCUAUGAAGGAGUCGAAGAUUUAGUUUCGCCAACACUUCUGGUCUCAUUGGGCGAAGAAAUGUGUACCAGGACAUCAAGUAAUGACCAAAGGAAGAAGGAACGCUAUUGA